AUGAUCAGUAGCUGCACCACUAGAAAGAUGGCGGAGCAAGAGCAAGGAAAAAUCCCUUUGGUUCCAGAAAAUCUCCUGAAAAAGAGGAAGGCUUAUCAAGCCCUUGAAGCCACCCAGGCAAAGCAGGCACUUUUGGCAAAGAAGGAGCAGAAGGAAGGAAAAGGGCUCAGGUUUAAGCGACUGGAAUCAUUCCUACAUGAUUCCUGGCGGCAGAAACGUGACAAGGUGCGUCUCAGACGACUAGAAGUGAAACCUCAUGCCUUGGAAUUGCCAGAUAAACAUUCCUUGGCCUUUGUUUUAUGCAUCGAAAGGAUUGAUGGUGUGAGUUUACCGGUGCAGAGAACCAUUGCAAGACUUUGCCUAAAGAAAAUUUUUGGUGAUGUCUUUGUAAAUGUCACCCCCCAGAAUCUAAAAAUGCUGCAUAUAGUGGAACCUUACGUGCCCUGCGGAUUUCCAAAUCUGAAGUCUGUCCGAGAACUCAUUUUGAAACAUGGACAAGCCAAGGUCAAGAAUAAGACCAUCCCUCUGACAGACAACACAGUGAUUGAGGAGCACCUGGGGAAGUUUGGCGUCAUUUGCUUGGAAGACCUCAUUCAUGAAAUUGCCUUCUCAGGGAAGCAUUUCCAGGAGAUCUCAUGGUUCUUGUGCCCUUUCCACCUCUCAGUGGCUCGUCAUGCUACCAAAAAUAGAGUGGGCUUCCUCAAGGAGAUGGGCACACCUGGCUAUCGGGGUGAACGCAUCAAUCAGCUCAUCCACCAGCUGAACUAGACCCAGGUGCCAAACUUUGAUAAAUUUUUUAUCAACGAAGUGGAAGCACGUGUUUUGUUGUUUUGGGAAUUUUUAUCAAGUAUCUUCAGAGAAGAUUAUUUCGUGCUCUAUCUUCAAAAACUGGAAAGGAAGGGUCAAAGAAAAGACAGUAGCUGGCCGGGCGUGGUGGCUCACACCCAUAAUCCCAACACU